AUGACCGACUUUUUGAAUUGCUCCAUUGUAAAGUUGAAGCGCAAUCAGGAGGUUUUCAAUUUGAAUCUACGCUUUAGUGCUGAAAUCGUAAAGCCAACAUUAGAUUUUUGGAUUAUAAAUGAGAGGCCAGAUGAAAAAGAUUUUGUUUUGGUCAAUUUUACCAAUGUUGAUGGCUGUCUUUUUCUACAAAACAAGGAUACUUAUAAUAUUUUGCAAAUUAUACGCAAAGAAUUUGUAAAGUAUUCGAAUUUACCGGAAAAAUGUCCUGUAGCAAAGCUUACCAAAAUUAAUGUAAAUCAAUUAAGAAUUGAUGCCGAAAAUUUUCCACCCUAUAUUCCGGAGACAAAAUUUCGAGUAGAGGUUUAUUUGAAAGAAAAUAUUGAUUUAAUAUUCAGUUUGAUUGUAAGAGGAAGAGUGGAGUCGAAAAAACGUUCGAUAUUUAAAAAUCGUUGA